ACACCUUUUCCCAAACAUACAAGGAAAAGGUCAAAACAAAACCCAAUCCCAAACCCAAACAGAAUAGGCCUAAAACACAAAACAAACCCAAAUCAAAUUCAAGUUAUAUUCUAACAAUCUCCACCUUGACUUGAAUUCUCUAUCAAAUACCAGAUGUACCAGACGCAACCAAAGUUGCCAGAUGUACCCAGACGCGAUACAUAUCGCAAGACGUAUCCAAAUGCGAUCGAAACCGCCAAACUCAAACGCAAUCAAGAUUGCCAGACAUAUCCAAAUGCGAUUCAUAUCGCCAGACCAAACGUGAUGCAAAUCGCCAAACUCAGAUGCAAUCAAAAUUGUCAGACGUAUCAAACUCCUCCAAAUCAGCUGUACCAGAAUCUCCCCUGCCUCCAAAUGCUCCUACGGGCGAUCAACAAAUCAAAACAUGCAGCAAGUCCAACCCAUGUUGGGGCUUGCCAUGCAUAACCAACUUGGUGUUAUUUCCGUCGAUAACACCAAACAUCAUAUUUACUUCCAAACUCCAAUUAGCACCAACACCAAAUUCAAAUUUCCUCAGAUCGACCCCCGCACAAAUCCAAAUUGGGAAAAAAAGACCACGAACCACCGCAAACCAAAUUUGGAGGAAGAAAAACUAAAGGCUUCUCCACCAACCAAAUCGAAGACUGCCCCCUGAUACCGCAACAGUCACCAAAAUCCCUAGCCGAUUGCCCAGCCGAUCGACUAGGAGCGCGAUCCAAAAUCCGCCAAGACAGUUUCAAAUAACCCAAAGAUCAACUUAUAAUAACUAGAAAGCAAUACAUUUUCCAACUGAGACGUGGCUCAUGUUCUCGAUUGAGUAAAUUCUGGAGGAAUUUCGGCUUGCUCAUUUUUAAUUAUCUUUGAUUGUGCAUUUUAUUUGCUACAGGGUAUAACAGGACCAUCCAUUAAGUGUUUCGAAAUGCUUUUUUAUCGACAGUUAAACUAGUCGUCUGACUAUCUUUGGAAUUUGACUAUCUAUUUCAUUCUACUAUAAAAAAAAAUCCGUUACAAAGGUGAUUGCUAGCUAAUAAUAACCUAUUUUUUUUGGAGAGGGGGAAAUAAAAGAUAUAUAGAAAGGGGAAUUUUUUUUUAACUUAAGGGGACCAAUAUCCUUUGGACACACGUCCCAAUAUGGAAACCUUUCUCUUCUGUCCAUCAUUGGCCAAUAUCCCUUCUAUUAUCUUCUACCUAAGCUUCCAUUAUUGUAAACCAUAAAUUCGUGUAUGCAUACUGUAUACUAUGGAUCAAGGUUCUAAGGUUGCAAGUUGCAACGCAUUGGUCCCUAGACCAAAACCAUCCAAAUCCAAAUCGCUUGGUUACGUUCGACUUGUUUAUCAGAUUUAGAAAGAACAUGAAGUUUGAUCUAUUAUUCAUAACUCCAAAUUUGGAGUCGGAAAUUUGAUACAAGGGUCGAUUUGAACUCUGAUUCGAUCUGUUUAUAUGCAUGUAUAUUUUAGCCAUAUAACUUGUAAGGUGGUUUACCUUAGAAAUUCCAUUUGUUGCACUCUCUCAUUCGUGUAAGCUCUUUAUAAGUGUCAAAUACACAAAACAACAUCAUAAUACCUCUUAGAAAUUCCAUUUGUUGCACUCUCUCAUUCGUGUAAGCUCUUUAUAAGUGUCAAAUACACAAAACAACAUCAUAAUACAUCUUAACUAGGGGUGGCUAUAUGGUCCGAUCCAGUUAAAUUGCCCCGAAUUGAUCUGGUCUCGGUCCGGUCUUUUCAAAAAUAUAAGGACCAAAGAUUGGAUUGGAUACAGUCAGGUCUUGAACCGGUUCGGUCCCAAUUCGGUCUUGAUUUUAGAUUGAGCUUGGGGGGAUUGAGUGGCCUAAGGCCUGAAAGGGUGAGGAGGUUGAAUUUUGGAUGUUGGGCUCUCUUAUUCGCUCUUUAUCCGGUUUUCGGUCCGGUUCCAAACGGUUUCUUACCUCAAAUCUAGGCCUGAAGAUUGGAUUGUUUGCUAUCCGGUCCCGGUCUAGUGUCGGUCCGGGUUAUACGGUCCGAUUUUGGGUAAAACCAAAAAGCCCAGACCAAAUAGCCAGCCCUACUCUUAACUAUUAGGGGUGGCUAUACAGUCCGGUCCAGUUAAAUUGGCCCAAAUUGAUCCGGUCCAGUCCGGGUUUUUUGAAAAUAUAAAGACCAAAGAUUGGAUUGGAUACAGUCCGGUCUUGACCCAGUCGAGUCCCAAUUCGGUCUUGAUUUUAUAUUGAGCUUGUGGGGAUUUGAGUGGCCUAAGGCCUGAAAGGGUGAGGAGUUGAUUAAGUUUUGUACUAAGUGCAAAGGUUUGUGACCGUUUAUGCAAAUUACUCUUAAGUUUUGGGUGUUGAGCUCUCUUAUCUGGUUUUUAUCUAGUUUUCGAUCCUAUCUUGAACGGUUUUUUUAUCUCAAAUCCAAGCCCAAAGAUUGGAUUGUUUACUAUCCGGUCCAAAUCCGGGUUAUACUGUCUUGUGGGGAUUUGAGUGGUUUGAGGGGGGAUUGAGUGGCCUAAGGCCUGAAAGGGUGAGGAGGUUGAAUUUUGGAUGUUGGGCUCUCUUAUUCGCUCUUUAUCCGGUUUUCUGUCCGGUCCAAACGAUGUUUUACCUCAAAUAUCUGCCUGAAGAUUGGAUUUGAUUGUUUACUAUCCGGUCCCAGUCCGAUUUCGGUCCGGGUUAUACGAUUUUGAGUAAAACCAAAAAGCCCGGACCAAAUAGCCAGCCCUAUUAACUAUCACCCAUGAAUCCUAUCUCUUGCACAUCACACACAUAAACCGAGUGCCUCAUAUUGAUCGGGCAAGAACUACUAAACAAAAAGUUUAACUAUUAACAACACGAACUCGAUCUUAUCGAUUCGACUACAGAUAACUUCUCACGUCACAAAAUUACACUCUUUAUAAACAAAAAAAUGAAGAAUGAAUAGUUCACAUGUCAUUUGGAUUGAAAUCAAAUUGUCACAUCAAACCAAAACAAAUCGUCAAAGUUAGGAUAUCUCGAUCUCUCUCUCUCUUUUCCAAUCAUAUAUCUUCAACAUAUAUAAAUGAGUGGACUCUUCAUCAACACACAACACGUCCACAACUUCACAACCCUACUUCUUUUCCCAACACACACCACACACUCAAAAAGAUAGAAGCAAAACAAUAAAACAAAACACAAACAAACCUACUUCCAUUAAUUAUGGGAGGAGCUUCACCGACGGCGAAGUUUGGUGACGGCAAGAAGGCGUAUGGAGCGGUGGUGCUGAUACAGCUGAUCUACGCCGGGAUGUUCCUCCUCUCCAAGGCGGCGUUCGACGGCGGCUUCAAAACUUCCAUCUUCGUCUUCUACCGGCAGGCCUUGGCCGCCGCCCUCGUCGUCCCUCUCGCCCUCUUCCUCGAAUGGAAGCACGCGCCGGCGCUCUCGCUCCCCACAUUCUGCAAGAUCUUCGCCCUCUCCCUCUUCGGGAUAACGUUGAGCUUGAACGUCAAUGGGAUAGCUUUGAUCUACACUUCAGCCACUUUGGGUGCUGCUUCUGUUAAUACCCUGCCAGCCAUUACGUUCUUCUUGGCUCUUCUAUUUGGAAUGGAGACAUUGAAGGUGAGGACAAAACCUGGCAUGGCAAAGCUAGCUGGGAUAGUGAUAUGCUUGGGAGGAGUGGCAGUUCUUGCUUUCUACAAAGGCCCCCAUUUCAAGAUCUUGUCUUUCUACAAAGGCCUCCAUGGACAUGACCUUAGAUCUCAACAACACUCUGGCUCUUCUCAUAAGAACACAUGGGUCAAAGGUUGUUUCUUGAUGCUCUUCUCCAACCUUAGUUGGGGCUUUUGGCUCGUCUUUCAGGCAAUACUUCUGAAAAGCUACCCAUCAAAGCUUCUCUUCACAGCUCUUCAAUGCUUUCUGAGUUCGAUUCAGUCCUUAGUGGUUGCAGUUGCCAUUGAGAGAAAUCCCCAGGAGUGGAAGCUUGGCUGGAAUAUGAGACUUGGGGCUGUCACUUAUUGUGGAGUUGUGGUGACUGGAGUGACAUAUUACUUGCAAGCAUGGGUUCUCGAGAAGAAAGGCCCAGUCUUUCUUGCCAUGUCAACUCCUUUGGCUUUGAUCUUCACAAUGUUGUUUUCUGCACUACUAGGUGACUUCAUCAACCUUGGAAGUGUAUUGGGUGGAGUGUUGUUGGUUGGAGGACUUUACAGUGUUCUAUGGGCAAAAGGCAAAGAAGAAAAUAUGAGGAUGGUUGAGAAUAGUGACGAGAACAUGAAGAUUUCACAAGUGGAAAAGGAGAGCUUAGAGCUUAAACAAGUUGUUACAAUCAUUAGCAUCUCCGAACAUCAAGCGCCACAAGCCAAUGGAUUGAAUUUUGAUGGGGGAAAAUAACAUUUUAAAAUCGUCUACAAGUCAUACUUGAACGAAAAAGGGAGAAACAUGAGAGUUUCUGUUAGAAAAAGGGGUGGGAAUUCAUCUCCUCCGAUGUAUGCAUUGUAUUUAUGAAUUUGAUCUAUUGUACAUUACAACAUUUGAUAAAUGUAGUUGUGUUUUUAAUGAGUAAAGAGAAAAUCCACUUUUAGCGAAAAUGUAAUUUGCAAUAUUUUUGGAGGAGAUAACUAGAAAAAAAUAUGUCAACUAAAUCGUCAUAACAAUUUCAGCUGAAAAACUGUACAAUCAUUCAUUUUGAAUUAUUAUUUUCGUCGCAUCAACCAAACAAUUGAUGUAUCUUGUCUGCGAAUAAAAAAAAUGAAAGAAAUAUAAGUGUUGUAGCAAUCUCAUUAAAACAAUCAUAGAAACCGGGAAACAAAGACUUGGUCAAAAUGAUUACUUAUGAUUAGUUUGGAUGAGUUAUUUUGCAUAUGUGAGUAUUUUGGGAUCAAAUGGUGCAUAAUAUUUUUUUUCCAGAGGUAAAUAACAUGAUAUGACAAAAUAUACAGGAACUUUGCAUGUCAAAUUGUAAAUUAGAAUUAAGGAAGAGUCAUUGUUCGAUCAAGCGACGAUCCAACGAUGAGAGAGUAUUUUUUGCUACGAGAUGGAUAACCCUAUUAUACUUAGGGUGCAUUACUGUUAGGUUUGAUAUUUAUGAGUUAUUUGGAGCUUAUAUCACGCGAGAAUUGUCCUGUUUGGUUAGAGGCUUAGAGCAUUCACAUAAGUAAUUUGUUUUGUGGUAUUUCUUCACAAAAAGAGAGCGAGAAAGGGUUAAUAAGAUGAGUUAUUUCAUAUAACUGCCCCUAAAGAGUUAUGCAGUUAAACUCAUUUUGAAUUAUUUCAAUUAACUCGCAUCCCAAUUGUCAUAUUUGAUGUUUUCGUUGCCAAAUGAGUAAAUUUAGACUCAAAUAUCUCAUUGAAAUAAAUAACCCUCCAAACAAGACUGCCUUAAGUAUCUCCAUUGGUAUAGAUUUGGCGGCCUACCUUUUUCGAUCCCCUUUUCACUUUCAGGCCAAUGACUAAAGUAUGGAUUAGCUUUGCUGUAAUCGGCUAAUCACAACAAUUUUGGCAAGAUGUUUUUGUUCUCCGGUCAUUGCCCUGGAACCAAAAUAUUUAUGACAUGACACCAUAAGUGGUUUGAACAAAGGCCAGUGUGUUCGAAUCUCCAUGAUCUCUAAUAUUAACAUUUGAUUCAAGCACAAUAUAUAAUUAGACCCAAGGUUCAAGAGAGCUCUAGACAUGCGUUGGAGUCCUGCUAAGUGCCUAGCACGCCUAAGUGGUGUCUCUGCAGCGCUUAGACGUAUUAGCAAAAAUAAGAAUUUUCAAUAUAGUAUUGACAAUUUUAUAUAAUUUUUUCCCUUGAAUUCAAUUCCAAAGGAUUAAUAACUUAACUAACCCUCAAUAACAACCAGUAAAAUAUGUCAUGAUUUCCUAGAAUCACAAGUUUAUAGAAAUCGUAAGUUGUGGAUGGUCCGUAGUUGACAACAGUGAAGAGCAGGGCAAACGGUCGAGUCAAAUAUAGCGUAGUUGGAGAUGGCGUCAUACGUUUUGGAAAGAUUGGCUACAACUUUAGCAUAAAAUAUGCAGUUUGGUUUUGCUAUAACUUAAAGCAAAAACCGCUUCUGGUUGAAGUUUUUAAAGAAGUAUUUUUCAUAAAUAGUUGAGUAGUGGUUGGUUAAUGUAAAAUAUAACUAAAAAUAAAAGAACAAUGAAAAUGAACCUUGUUGGGUCUCUUUUAUAUUCAAUGAUAGUCUUUUUUAAAUUUAUUUUAGUUUAACAGAACAUAAAUGGAACGAAAGUAUUCUAAACAAGAAUACAUUUGCUAAAUACAAGAUUAUCUUUGUC